AUAAAGUAAAGGAAAAUAUAAAAUAAUAACGAAAAAGUCAGUGCAUACAUCGUUAGAUAGCAUUUACCAUAACCUAUAAAAGUUGAAAAUGUCUGAAGAAACAAAUUCAAACACAACAAUUAAAGUUGAACCGAACGAAUAUCCUCAAAUUAAACAAGAACUUAAAGAUUAUGAAAAUACAACAGGCAUUUGUAUGGAAAAUGAUGAAAUUUGUCUACAGCAAUUUUUAAAAUCUGAGGUUACGGUUGAGGAAGAUAUGAAGCAAGAAAUCAUUGAUGAACAAGAUUUUAAACAAGAUCCUCAAGUGAAAGAAGAGUUUGAUGAUUAUGAAUAUACAUCGAAUAUGAGUAUGGAGAAUGAUAAAAUAUGCCUACUGCAAUUUCUAAAAUCUGAACUUACGAUUGAUGAGGAAAUGAAGCAAGAAAACAUUGAUGGGCAAAAUGCUGCGACAACUACAAGUUUAGAUGAAAAAUCUUACAUAUAUAAUGAAAACGUCAGUAAUUCAAGUAAUAUGAGCAAACCAUUCAAAAAUGGUAGUCUAAAACCCUAUAGUUGUGAAAUAUGCCAUAAAGCAUUUGCACAAAAAGAAUCAAUAAAACGACAUCAAGUUAUUCACACUGGAGAACGUCCUUAUGAAUGUGAAAUAUGCAGUAAAACAUUCAAAACAAACUCACAUUUAAACGAGCAUAAAAUGCUUCAUACUGGAGAGCGUCCCUAUGAGUGUGAAAUAUGCAAUAAAACAUUUACAGCAAAGAGAUUUUUAAACGAACAUAAAAAGAUUCACAGCGGAGAACGUCCUUAUAGUUGUAAAUUAUGUAAAAAAUCAUUCAAAACAAAGCAACAUUUAAAUGAGCAUGAGGUAAUUCACACUGCAGAAAGACCUUAUGAAUGUGAAAUAUGCAAUAAAACUUUCAAAACAACGCAACAUUUAAGCAGACAUAAAAGAGUUCACAUUAAAGAACACCCUCAUCACUGUAAAAUAUGCACAAAAAGAUUCAGGACAAAAGAUUCAUUAACACGACAUGAAAUUACUCACACUGGAGAACUCCCUCAUGAGUGCAAAAUAUGCAAAAAGAGAUUUUCACACAAAGAAUACCUAAAAAAGCAUUCAUCAGUGCAUAUGGAAAAACGUCCUCAUAGUUGUGAAACAUGCGAUAAAACAUUUAGAACAGAAGGGUUGUUAAACCAACAUAAAAUAACUCACACAGGAGAGCGUCCUUAUAGUUGUGACAUGUGCAAUAAAACAUAUGCAAGAAAAGAAUUACUAUUACGACAUAAAAAAGUUCACACUGGAAAAUAAAUAAAUAAAUCUUUAUAACUGUGAAAAAUGCAAUAAAACAUUUACAGUAAAAGAUUCAUUAAAAUAACAUAAGAUUAUUAACACUGGAGAACUUACUAAAGUGUAAUAAAUAAUUUAAAAGAAAAGAUGCAUUAAAACAACAUGAAA